AAACUUUACUGGAGCGCGAGGAGGUUUGGCGUCACUCACAGUGCAGGAUACUUUAACUUCACUUCUCCGUUAAGAAUCAAUGUUAAUCUAACAGAUAGCGCGCGAGACCUCGGUUAUGUCUUUGGCGGAUCAGAGUCUGCAGUUUUUCCCGGUGAGCGCGCGGGUGUCGGUGCUGCGAGCGCGAGGCCUCCGGAUCAAAGGGAAGGACGGCACCAACGAUGCGUACACGGCGCUGCAGGCGGGCCGCGAGACGUUCCGCACGCCGGUGGCGGAGAAGCGCGCGGAGCCGGUGUGGGGCGGGGACGAUGCCGCCUUCAUCUUCACGCUGCCGACGGAGAGCGCGCGCGCCGAGCAGGACGGCGUCCCCCUGCAGGUGCGCGUGCUGCACCGCGUCCCGCUCGGAACGGACAAGUUGCUCGGACUGACCGUCAUCAAUGUGCACGAGCUCCGGCAGGACAGCGCGCGCGAGAACCCGCAGUGGUUUAAGCUGUUAAAUAAGGCGGGGAAAGCCGAUAAGGAGCGCGGUGAGAUUCUCCUGGACAUUCAGUUCCUGAAGAGCAGCAUGAGCGUCAGCAUGAUUGACCUCUCCGACAAAUCACACUCGCGCCUUGGAAAGUUCAAGGACAAACUGCGGGGCAAAAAGAAAGACGGGCUGAGCGACUCAGCCUCCGCCAUUUUGCCUUCGGUCAGCCAGGUGCUGACAGACAGUGAGGGAGAGAUGGAAGGAGAGACGGAGGGAGAGUCACCAAAAAAGAAGAAGAACAAACUAAAGUCUCUUUUUGUUCCUAAAUCCAACAUGAAGCGUAACUCUAUGUCUCAAUCCAUGUCCUCAUUAGGGACACUUCCUGAUAAAAACUCGUCCAUCAGCUCGAGCACAUCCUCAGGCCUCAAUGUGGAAUCUUCAGAAGGGAAGAAAAAGAAGAAAUUUACCUUUUUAACACACAAGCGGAAUGGUAGCACGGACAGCAAGGCAUCCAAUCAGAGUGACUUCACCUUUGGCUCGACCAAUCAGAAUCCUCCAUCACAGAUUGAUAUUUGCAUAAAUGGCAGUCAUGUUUACAGAGAAGCAACCCAAAGUGAAGAAGUGCAGGAAAUGGAGGAGGAGGAGGAGGAGGGAGAGAAAGAGGAAGAAGAGGAGAGACGUAGAAGAGAGGAAGAAGAGCGGGAACGACUGGAGGAAGAGAGAAGGAGGGAAGCCGAAGAGGAGAGAAUGAAAAAAGAGAAAGAAGAGCAGAGGAGAAAGGAGGAGGAAGAAAAAGAAAGGAUAAGGAGAGAGAAAGAGGAGCACAGGAGAAGAAUAGAGGAGGAAGAAAAAGAGAGGAUAAGGGUGGAAAGAGAGAAGGAAGAACAAAGAAGAAAGGUGGAGGAGGAGGAAAAAGAGAGGAUAAGGAUUGAAACAGAGAAGGAAGAACAAAAAAGAAGGAUUGAGGAGGAAGAAAAAGAAAGGAUAAGGAUUGAAAGAGAGAAGGAUGAACAAAAGAGAAGGAUGGUUGAGGAAGAAAAAGAGAGGAUAAGGAUGGAGAGAGAGAAGGAAGAACAAAGGAGAAAGAUGGCAGAGGAGAAAGAAAGGAUAAGGAUGGAAAGAGAGAAGGAAGAAGAAAGGAGAAGGAUGGAGGAGGAAGAAAAAGAGAGGAUAAGAAUGGAGAGAGAGAUCAAAGAACAAAGAAGAAGAACUGAGGAGGAAGAAAAAGAAAGGAUAAGGAUUGAAAGAGAGAAGGAAGAACAAAAGAGAAGGAUGGUUGAGGAGGAAAAAGAGAGGAUAAGGAUGGAGAGAGAGAAGGAAGAACAAAAGAGAAGGAUGGAGGAGGAAGAAAAAGAAAGGAGAAGAAUAGAGGUAGGGAAUGAAGAACAAAGGAUAAGGAUAGAGGAGGAAGAAAGAGAGAGACAAAGGAUAGAGAAAGAGGAGCAGAGGAGAAAGUUGGAGGAGGAAGAAAGAAUUAGGAUGAAGAGAGAGAAGGAAGAACAGAUGAGAAAGUUGGAGGAGGAAAGAAAAAGAAAGGAAGAGAGGGAGGCAGAAGAGCUGAGGAGAAAGAUAGAGGAGGAGAAUGACAGGAAGAAGGAAGAAGAGAAGAUGAGGAUUGCUGAGGAAGAAAGGAUGAAGGAAGAGAAGAAAAGAGCAGAGAAAAAACGAAUGAUAGAGGAGGAAGAAAAACAUAAAGAGGAGAAAAGAAUUGAAAUGGAGCAAAGGUUAGCAGAUGAGAAAAAAGCCAGGGAGGAAGAAGAGAGAAGAAUAGCAGAAGAGAAGGAGAAACAACGUAAAGAAGAAGAACGAGUUAGAGAAGAAAAAGAGCGGAAGAAGGCAGAGUUGGAGAUAAAGAGAAAAGAAGAGGAGCAGAAAAGAAGGAAUAUGGAGAUAGAUGAAAAGAAAAAGAAGGAAAAACAGAUGAGAGAAGAACAGGAGGGAUUGAGAAAAGAAGAAAAUUUAUUUGAAGAAAGUGUCAUCUCACAGUCCACUGACUUCACUCGUUCAGCCAGAAUCUCCAACGUUAAACCGAGCGUGUCCGUCUCUGCAACAGUUACUCAACCAUCUAUGGCGAACACCAACCCCUUUUUGGAUGACGAUUUAGAUGCCAGCAUUUCAGAAAACAUCAUCAGUGUUGAAGAGACAACUGCUAAAAAAGGACGAGCUCCAUUACCCCCACAUAAGAAACCACAGUUAACAGGGUCAGAUGUUUCCUCCAGAGGUGUUCCUAAACAGCAUUCUCAUUUAAAAGAAGUCUCAAAACGUGCAGCACCUCAACCACCAGGUAUGAUGACCAGAGAAGUGACAGUCAAAGAAAAAACAGAUCAAGCGGGUCUUGGUCAAGGAGCAAGGAAAACCCCUGAGAGACAUCAUGCGAGCAAAGUCUCGUCAGUCUCUCAAGACGACACACAAGUUGAUACUAAUCCUUUCACAUGUGAUGGACCAGUGGCUGUAAAACACAACAAGAGACCAGCACCAAAACCAAGAAGUGGGAUAUCAGUGUCUGAAGAUAAGCCAAAAAAUGAUGGCAAAAAUCUCAUAGAAGGUACUGUUCAUCAUGAAGAAAAAGCAAGUGCUUCUAAUAGCAAAGGUAAUCCACCGAACUGGAAACUGUUGAGCAUCCCAAAUGAUAUUACAGCUGAACAUGUCAUAAGUGACCUUACUGAUGACCUGUCACAAGGAGAAAAACAUCUGGAGGACAUAGUUGAGCUUGACUCUGCAAAACCAAAUGCACCUUCAUGUGUCAAUCAGGAUUUGUGUCCAGAACCUCUGAUUUCAAACACUGAUGGACUGCCAAGCAUGGAAAGAUCCAAAAAGAAGUCUCAAGCUCCUCUUCCUCCAGCUAAACCCAAAAGAACUGGAGAUCCAAGCACACCACAUCAGCAGCCAUCUCUUCUAAACAAGACUAACCUUGAACAAGCCCAAGAGAGCCAUAGUAAUAAGAAGUACCAAGAUAAUGCAUUGGCUUCUAGUGUUGAAAUACUUGGAAUCAGCACUCCUUCAUCAUCCACAGUUUCAUCAUCACCAUUCACUCCACUUGCUGAGAAAUCACAGGUGAUGAAACCUUGUGCUACUGAGUCAUUGGAGACAGAUUCUGGUUCUGGGUCUAGCACUUUGCCAUGGGCUAAAGUGGUACCCAGUGAUGCAGGUCAAGUAAGGGAACAAGUUGCUCCCAUCUCAGUAAUCAGGCAGCAUGCUGUGAAACCCCUGAGCGCUGCAGAGAAUCAGCCUGAAAUUCAUGAAUCUCGAGUAACUGACAACACACAGCCCAAAACAACGGCUGCAAGUGCAGUGAUGAAAGGCCCGUAUUCUCAACUGACGCAGUCUGAGCUGAUCUCCCUAGCAUUGCGGCAACAGGAACAGAUUUCACAGCGUGAUGCCAGGAUCCAGGAGCUGGAGCAAUACAUCGAUAACCUGCUGGUGCGUGUGAUGGAGGAAAAACCAAGCAUUCUGAUGACCAUGAACGCCAAGAACAAAUCUAUGUGAGCACUCGAACAAGAGGAGAUGCUUAAGAAAGCAUGUAGAGAGUGAAUUAAUACUUAUAUGCUGACUUUCAGGAAGAUGAAUUCUGUCAACUCUGACAAUAGAUUUUGCUAGUAUAGCAGUCACUGCAGUGCAAAGUCUAUGGUGUUACAGUCUUUAUUACUGAGAUAAACACAUAAACAGGGGAUUUAUUCCCCCUCACAUUCAUAAACCUCUGCUCUUACUACAUAUCAUGGGACAGAGUAAAAUGUGUAACAUUGUCUUUCUACUGUUUCCUGUUUUGCAAAGCAUGGGCUUUGUUCACUAGUGGACAGAAUAAGAGCGCUCUGUACCUACUUUGUUUAAUAGUUCCCUUUUUUGUGAAACAGGGAAAAAGUCACACCUAAAACACAGUAUAUUGCCUUAUUCAAGAUAUUGUGUAAUAUGCCUGCAGUAUGAGUGCAAUACUGUAUCCCUAAAGCACUUUAAUCAGAGACAUUUUCUCCUUUUUGAAAUCUGUAAAUAUGAAUGAUUAUUUGUACUAUAUAACAUUUCAUGUGAACAUUUGAAGUGAUGUUAUCUUUCACUCUGAAAUAAAGAAUCCCUUUGCAAUAAAG